AUGGAGAUGGAGGGGGGAUACGGAGAUGAAGAUAGAAAUAGAGAUGGAGAUAAAGAUGGAGAUGGAGAUGGAGAUGGAGAUGGAGAUGGAGAUGGAGAUGGAGAUGGAGAUGGAGAUGGAGAUGGAGAUGGAGAUGGAGAUGGAGAUGGAGAUGGAGAUGGAGAUGGAGAUGGAGAUGGAGAUGGAGAUGGAGAUGGAGAUUAG